AUGGUCAAUGAGGCUAAUGGCAGUUUUCCACGGAACAGGAAGCCAGACUUCAGGCCAGACAUGGCAUCCGAUAUAGUGGGUCAUCUUGUGGUCCAAAGUGCCAGUCAGGGGGUCGUCCCAAUCACGCUGACCAGGCCCUGGUGGUCGUUGCGUGGAGGCAGCAGCAGCAGCGGAGGUGGUGGUGGUAGUGGUGGGCUGGGAACAGUGGCAGGCCUAGGUGUGGGGGCAUGGCCGUGGGGGGGCCGCAUCCCGUCCUCCACCCUGCAACGGGACAGGCGCUGGGGCUGGGGCUCCUGGGGCGGGGGCGCAUCCAGGGGAGCUCCCAGACUCUCCGAGCUCAGGCCCUGGCUGAGCGGAGGGACGGCCGGGGUCGCAGGAGGUGGAGGUAGCACUGGGGUAGGAGGAGUGGUGGAGAAAGGAGGCAGGGGGAGAUGUUCCCGCAGGGUCUGGGUUCUCCUCGGCUCGCUGGUUCUCAUCUUUCUCACCUCGCUCUUCUUCUCCAUCUCGCUCCGUGGGGGCGUCAGCUUCAACUACCUCGAGCCGCCUGGGUGGGAGGAGUCGAGGCGGGUGAAGCUAGUGCCCAGCUACGUGGGCGCACACAGGCUGUCACCACCCGACACCCCGCAGCAGAGGACAUGUGCCUGCCCACGCUGUGUCGGAGACCCCGGCACCUCUGAUUGGUUUGAUGAGAACUACGAACCGGACAUCUCGCCUGUUUGGACCAGAGACAACAUCCAGCUGCCCUCUGAUGUCUACUACUGGUGGGUGAUGUUACAGCCCCAGUUUAAACCCCACAGCAUCAAGCAGGUGCUGCUGAGGUUGUUCCAGGUGAUUCCAGGAAGGUCGCCGUACGGCUCUUGGGAUCCAGGCCGCUGCCUGCGCUGCGCCGUGGUGGGGAACUCAGGAAACCUCCGCGGGGCCGGAUAUGGGGAGACCAUAGACGGGCACAACUACAUCAUGAGGAUAAACCUGGCCCCCACGGUUGGCUAUGAAGUAGACGCCGGCAGCCAUACCACUCACCACUUCAUGUACCCGGAGAGCGCCAAGAACCUGGCAGCCAACGUCAGCUUCGUCCUGGUUCCCUUCAAAACGCUGGAUCUUGUCUGGAUCACCAGUGCUCUGUCCACUGGCCAGAUUCGAUUUACCUACGCUCCAGUGAAGCAGUUCCUCCGCGUAGAUAAAGACAAGGUCCAGAUCUUCAACCCAGCAUUCUUUAAAUACAUCCACGACCGUUGGACCAGACAUAACGGGCGCUACCCCUCCACUGGCAUGCUAGUGCUGUUCUUUGCCCUACAUGUCUGUGAUGAGGUUAAUGUGUUUGGUUUCGGGGCGGACAGCCGGGGAAACUGGCACCACUACUGGGAGCAGAACCGCUACUCCGGAGAGUUCAGGAAGACCGGCGUCCACGACGCUGACUACGAAGCCCAGAUCAUCCAACGGCUGGCCAAGGCUGGCAAAAUCACUGUAUUCCCUGGGAAAUAACCGGCAAACCACCCUGUGUAUCUAAUGUUCCAGCACUGGUACGGCGACAGACACUACGGAGGCUGCUUACAAUGUGUUAAAUAUUCUCGUUUUCACUUAGCUGCACCAGUUUGGGUUCUCAGUUGAGUUAAACCAAACGCUUACAGAAGGUGAGACGAAAUGGACAUAAAAUGGUACCAAAAAAUUAUAUUCCGUUCACUUCCCCUCAUAUUUGGGAGGUUGUUGACAGCUGAUAACUGGGAACGGUGGAACAUGUAGAUCCAAAUGUAGUUCUGUUGACUUAGGACUCAAUUAAAAGUGGGAGUAGACCCUUCAAUUUGACAAUAAAGUAAUGAGCUAGUUUUCAAGGCUUUACCUCUAAGCCAGCGCAACCACACAUAUCUUUCUGAGGGCAGCUUCAACUCAGGAGUGAAAAACAAGUGAGGGCCGGGCAGCAGGAACAGUCACCCAGUGACACAUCUGGACUCAAUCCAGUGGAAAUGUUCACCUUGGAUGAAUGUCUAAUCCUCAAACAAAAAUACAGUACGCCAUGUACUGAAAAGGCCACAGAAAGAGCAGCGCAGGCAUCUAGGAGACUAUUGUUCUACAGCCAUGUGGUGUCUGACGGCAACAAAGUGUGUUAAAAACAUACCCUUCUUCAUGAGAUUGCCACUACGGACACAGACUGUGGAGCUUUCAUAAGCCAGUGUGCUGUUCAACAUUUUGAGACUGGAUGAGUCAUUUUCCCUGUCUUACAGAACCCUGGGCCACCUCCUGGAGAAAGAAUUGUUCUUUUCAGAUCCUAUACGAGGCCUCACUUGCCACUUUUCACUGUCAUAACUCCCCUUUAUGUGAGUUCUGCCUCACAAGACAGUCUUACGAGUACCUUGUCCUAUCUAUGAUGGGUUGUAAAAUGGCUGGAUAUGAGACGAUAGGUGAUUGCUAUGAGUUUAUAUGGUAUGACUGCCCUCUAUAACCCCCCUGGUCCUUACCAGGCAGGCUUAGCAAGGCCUUGACACUUUGCAGCAGACUCCAAGAAACACAGUUCUGCCUUUUGGCCAUUGUGACUCAGAAAGAUCACUGCAGCACUAGCAUGAACUGCAGCUUCUGUAGAGCCAGCUAGUCUGGUUUUGAACACCAGGCCCUGCUACACUCUUUAUACACAUCCAGACACAGGGACAAGUGUUCUGGGAGAGCGUUGGUUUGACUGCUUGAGACUCUAAUGAGGCCAAAAGUCCAUCUCCGGGGAUUUCAUGUUUGGUUGGAGGCAUGCUGGUUUCUGGACCGGAGUUUAAUCCCCAUGUGGUCUGUCAGGAUCUAAUUUGAGUGAGGAGGACUGAAGAGCUGGGGCAUGAAGACCCAGUCUGACAAAGCCAGCAUGAGAAACACAUAAUUUGCUCUAGUGUUUUUAAGGAUGUAAGGAAGGUUCGCUGCUGUUUAUGUGCAGUAAACUCCCCAACUACACAAACUGUACUGGGUUCACCACUUUGAAUUUUCAAAGGACUUAUUUUCCCUUUCACAGACCUGAAACUCCAACCUGGCUCGUGUUUCCCAGUGGACUUAGAGACUGCCAGGAGCAUUUUGCCCCAGAUUAAAGCCCAUAUGAUGGGGUGAAAGAAAACCCCACUGGAUCUGGGAAUUCUUUAACCUGUCAGCAUCUUAGCUUCAUUAACCACUAGCCCUAGUCCCUGCUCAGACAAUUAAAACUGGUGGAGCCACCAGACGCCUUAGACUUCACCUCCGUACCACAGAACCAUUCUGAUAUUCACGAUGAUGGCAUAUCUCCCUGCAGACUGCAGAUUUUUAUUUGUUAGCUUUAUGUACUGUUUAGCUUUGUUGGGCAGGAUUUAUACUAUUGGCUCAGAUUAGAUUUUCUUUUCCACCCAGGUGGCACAUUAACGUUUUUUUACUGUGAUGUGGUAUCAUCAAAUAAUACCCAUUUACACAUUUAUAGCCUCCAAACAAAUAUCAGUCAUGGGAGUGCUGCAGACAGUAUUGAAAACAGAAACAUUAGUGGAAACAUAAAAUGUGUACCACAGAGAGGAAGGAAAAUAUAAGUAUGUGGUUUGAGCUGAGGAUGUAAAUCCAUCCAAAGAUGUGUUUAUCAAGAAGCAGCUGGUGGCUGAUACGUAAGAGUGUUCAGGGUUCCCAUGCAGGUCCAGAAAAUAGGGAGGAGUAGUAGCUGAAUAAGUCUUUCAAGGUGCUAAAUUGUAUUUUUACUGCCCCUUGACACCAAACUAAUGUAGGUAUGCAGGGGUUUGAAUGAUCAUUGAUCAGCUGAGAGCUUAACUCCCUUUCCAGACUGUACUCUCUUUAGGAACAAAUUAGGAUUGAUGUCAGAUGCAGGCUACUUUAAGUGAUAGAAGUCAAAAAUAGACAAAGAUUACUCAAAGCCCCUGAAAACUUGGAAAAAGUACAAUAAUAUUAAAUAUUCAAAUAAGCGACAUUCAAUGUGUAAGGUACCAUGUGGACCACUAGUAGCGCUAUAUGGAGUUUUUAUGUGUGCGUACAUCAGAACAAGGAAUCACAUGCAAUCACGCAUACUCAUUCCUGCCUGUGAUUUCACACUAUUGCACAGAUUUACAGGUGGCAGUAACGUGACAAGAAAUUCAGCAAUGCUAACGCAAGGCUAUAAGGUGAGGUAAAAAAAAAAAAAAAUCCAAAAUGGUCUGAAAGAAUUUUAAUUAUCUAAAUCUGUGAAUAGGGGCCAGCCGCUGCAGCAGAUGGUAUUUUCAUAUGAAAUAACACCUGUGUGUGUGUGUGUGUGUGUGUGUGUGUGUGUGUGUGUGUGUGUGAGAACAGAGCAUGUUGUUGCACAUCUCUAUGAGUCCGUUGUUAAAACUUAAGGGAUUUAACCACAUGACAUUGUGAAGCGAAGCUUUUCAAUUUUUUCAUGUAGUUUAACUAUUUCUCUUGCUGAGAAAGUACGCACUCACAAAAUGAGGAGGGUUGGGGUGUUAUAGUGCUCCACAGUGAAGAACUGUGCCUCCUAUGCUGAUAUCAGUUCUGUUGGUAUAUUCUUAUAUUAUCUAUGGAUGAUAUUGUGUAAACACAUGCGACUCUCAUGUAUUGCCGUUGUUCUUUAUCAGCUUUCAGUGUUUUUAUCCUACUUUGCAUUAGACAGGUUUUAUAGGACACUUCUGGUGUUGAGCUGGGCUCAUUUUAAGAGGCAGUGCGAGCAAUUCUGGACAUAUUGUUUGUUUCUGUGUGUCUCUCUCUCUCUGUCACACACUCACGCACACACAUUCAUGCUUUCGUGCCUUGUCCUGCUGCUGGAUGUCACUCACCUACAUCUUUUUUUAGUGUUUCUCACACAAACACACACACACACACACACACACACACACACACACACACACACACACACACACACACACACACACACACACACACACACACACACCUUCUGGCUGAGAGCUGUGCCUUCUGAGCUGUGUAUACACACACACACACACACACAUACACCUACAAACGCACUCUGCCUUCUGCAACUGUUUUGUACACUGACAUUGUUUUUGAGCACUCGCUGUAGGCUAAAGGAGAGGAUAGUGAUGCAGUGAGACUUGCUGUGAAUGCAUAUUAGGCCAUUUGUUACAUUUUUAAAAUUUUUUUUUAACUUAUAGUGCAUACUUUUGAGGCAUUUCUGCUUUUCUAGAUAACAUUUAGUGUAGAAUGGCAGGACAGAUGGCAGACAGAAAGGGUCAUCCGCUGGUUUUAAGCCCACAGAGUUGCAGGUACCUGUCCUAUCUUUCUGUAUCUGUUUUGAACUACACAGCGACUGCAGAAUAGCAAGUGGCAACGAUGACACAGCGUCUAAAGGUUCAGGCAUAUCAGUGAACUGCCGCUUCAGUGUUUUCUUUCAUCUACUGUGGUCCUGUGUUAUUGAUGUUUGUUUCCCGGGAUGCUCCCUCCAACUUCAAAAUGAAAGUGUAAAUUGUUGUGGAGAUAACACGGCUUUCAUCACAACAUUUCUGGCCUCUCUGGAGGGAGAAGAACACAUUCCUAUCACAUUCUUGCAGCCUGCAGUGGGUAGUAAAGUCAUAAUGGUCCACUAUGCCCCCAAACAAGGCGAGGGCCCUAUAUAGCAUGGAAACUGUUAUCAGCUGCCUCACUUUCUCACAGUUGUAGACCAGAGCCUUGUGAUCAGAUAGAGAGGGAAGCAGGGUGAUCCCUCUCUGCUGUGAUAGCCCGAAUUAGAGUUGAGGUACGGUACAUGACACAGAUCUGACCGUGUUCCCUGUAGCCUCUGUAACCUAAAGUAGGUCUUUUCUCCUGUCGCUGACCCAAUACACUGAUUCUUUUCCCCCCUCUGGAGUUGAUUCUUGAAAUAAUUGGAAAAAGCACCACUUUUCAGGUCAGUGUCUGUGCCGUGGCUGUGUCAGGAACAUAAAUCAGGAAAUAAAGAGCUGUGUCGGUUGGGAGCAUUUUGGGAAACGUGGUCCUUCAUUGUGGCUUUUUUGAAAAAACAGGUGACAGUAAGAUGUCCAGGGAGCUGCGUGUUUUCUCAGGUGAAAUCUGCAUGUGUGCUUCAGUCCUCUGAUAACGGGGACAGAAGUCAAAUGAAGCUGACUUCCGUGGUGACCUUAUGUCACAACUUAAAGUGAACUGAUUUCUUUUUAGCAUAGUUUUUUAUUUUAUUUUUUUUAUUCCAGGCCCUAAAUAUCCCUGCACUAAAAUCAUUUUUGUUCUAUUUUGCUGUUAGUGGAUUCCAGGUUCCUCUCUCACCCAGGACUAUUUAUAUACUGUUAUGUCUCACACAGUAUGUGCUGAGGCACAUUUCAGUAAAGCCACAAACAUCCAAUUACCGAUGCCCUGAAAACUUGUUAUCAGGCAUGUGCGACUGCUCAAAGCAGCAGACACAACAACAACAACUGGUGUUUACCACAAUUAGCAUUUUCCUGGAUAGAAAAAGAGGCACAUUAAACUCAUUAAAUACUACUUGGGGGGGGGUAUUGAACUGAAUAGUCGGAAAUUGAAAGCACACCUGUUCAACUCAGAAAGGUGGACACUGAUGUUUUUAUGUCAGAGGGAGAAUAUCUGUACAGCAUCUCUAUCCCUUACAUGCAGUCAAAGGAAUAGUUUGACAUUUUGGGAAAUACAAUUUUUCCACCAGGGUGAGAAGAUAUAAGGCUACAGCCAAAGACUGGAAACUGCUAGCCAGCUAGUCUCGACAACGUCAAACUAUGUUCCUCAUUGCUGAGCUAAAGUUAACGCAAAAUCAGAAAAUGUGUGGCAGUCUGGCAGGGGAAACCAACCUAGGCAGCUGUAACACAAGAUAAUCUGUGCCAGAGAAAAGGAGAUCACAGCUCUUGUGGCUUGAAAAAUACUUUAAUACCACUCUCAUCCCAACCUGUUUCUGUCCAGUUGCUAUGGCUGCAGCUUUGUGUCGCUCUGAGGUAAUGGAGAAUAGCUUUCUGCAGCAGGGACAGAAAGAGCUUUGAGGAACAAAUACAUCCUGAUCAAAACACUGCCAGGCCAGGCUGUUGGCAUCAUGACAUCGGCUGCGCCUGUAGCCAGCGCACAGUGGAGUUUGAGGUGGAGGUGAGGACAGCCGCAGGCAGCUCUUCCCUCAUCAGUUCACUGGUCUGCAUUGAACAGAAACGGCUCUUUAGCAGCAGUCACUGAGCUGCAAGCUGCACAUAUCAGACUGUCUCUGUGGACUGUAACGCUAACACUCAUACCACUGUCAGCUAUUGUGCUAGUACUCUGCAAUCACUACUGCAACACACUGCACUUAUUAAGGAGACUAGUGAAUAUAUGUCUGCAGUAACAGCAAACUUGCCGGUGGCUCACUUGAAACAGAUACUAUAGGAGAAUAAAAAAAAAAAAAAAAGAGUAGCGCAGGGAUUUAGAGAGUUCAGUGUUUCAGUUUGGAUGGGUGAAAUCUUUCCACGUGGGUGAUUUCCUGCUGUCUGGAUCUGUCAUCGUCUAGUCCCCGGCUUUAAUGUCUCAUUAUUCAGUAGGACUACCUUUUGAACAAGGUAGUACAUGUGUAGUUACCACAUUGAAACAUCUGUAUGAUAUGUGAUUUGACUCUUUGUAUCUUAUGCUAUUGUAAAAAUAAAAGCUUCAUGAAACACGA